UUUUUUUUGUUUGGUUGGUUUUUGUUUUGUGUUUUUUGUUUGUUUAUUUUUUUUUCCCUGUUAUUUUAUUUUACCAGCUCAGAUUUAGCCCAGGAUCUUUUAACUGCUGCCAGCGGUGGAGCACAGAUCGGGAUUAGAUCUUUUCCUUCCCUGCUCCCAAGAUCCUCCUCCUGAGUGGCUACCAUGGGAAGUAAGACCUUGCCGGCCCCAGUGCCUAUCCAUCCUUCCCUCCAGCUCACCAACUACUCUUUCCUGCAAGCGUUCAACGGGCUGCCCACUGUGCCCUCUGACCACCUCUCCAACCUCUAUGGGUUCAGUGCCCUGCAUGCUGUACACUUGCACCAAUGGACUUUGGGGUACCCGGCCAUGCAUCUACCCCGCUCCUCCUUCUCCAAGGUGCCCAGCGUGUCGAGCCUGGUGGAUGCACGGUUCCAGCUGCCAACCUUCCCUCUCUUCCCACAUGUCAUCCAGCCCAAACAAGAGGCCACCAAUGUGACCCUCAAAGCCAAACCCCGCUUUGACUUUGCUAACUUAGCAGUGGCUGCCACACAAGAGGACCACUCUAAACUGGGACAGGCAGACAGUCAGGGCUCGGCCCCAGGGUUGGGGUCCUUGCUUGAGGUGACUAAACUCUCUCCAGAGAAGAAACCCACACGGGGAAGGUUACCAUCCAAAACCAAGAAGGAGUUUGUGUGUAAAUUCUGUGGCAGGCACUUCACCAAGUCCUACAACCUUUUGAUCCAUGAAAGAACCCACACUGAUGAACGGCCUUACACAUGUGACAUUUGCCACAAGGCCUUCAGAAGACAGGAUCACCUGAGGGAUCACAGAUAUAUCCAUUCUAAAGAAAAGCCUUUUAAGUGUCAAGAAUGCGGGAAAGGAUUUUGCCAGUCCAGAACACUAGCUGUCCACAAGACACUGCACACGCAAGUAAAGGAACUGAAACCUGCCAAACUUAAGUGCUGAAUCUCCAACUUCUAUGAACUUUUCCUUCCCCUCAGACUUUACACCAAAACCAGAGCAGAAACAAAACUUUCAGGAUGGAAGCACUGAACUUUGCAUUUUGUUUUUGUUUGUACUUUCAAAAGAGCAAAAUCCGCACCACCACCUUCCCUGCCCAAACUAACUUUCCAAGCAUGGCUGAAAAGAUUAUUUUUGCAUUUUAAAAUACACACGAAUAAUGCAGGGAGUGCUAGCUGACUUGUGUGGCUUUGAUAAACUUUGUGCCAAAAGGUGGUGCUCACGUGUUGGACAGGAAUCUCUUUAAAACCAAACCAAACCCCUCAAGUGUCGUUCCCCCCCCCCCCCCCCCCCAAUCCCAACAAAAGAACCCAGAAUCGUAGCAAAAGUAUUACAUAUAAAAAACCCAACCUCUUAUUUUAUACCUUUUUGACUGUAUAAAGCUUCUUAUUUUUACACUUCAGGAAAUACAAAGAAUUCCAGAACAUGAUUAAGAACUGAAAUGGUGGUUUCUCAUCACAGCAUCAUUAGGACAAGCAGAAGGGCAACUUGCAAAUCUCACUUGCUUGUUUGUUUUCUUCAAAAGAGAAGAAAAUGAAUAUUUGGAAAUGACCUAAGUCUCUCAAGUGAGGAGUCUUAUCAUGCUCCGGAAAACGAAUCCUGAUCUUAGACCUGUGGUCCCUCGUGUUCAGGAUAAAUCAGUGUUCAUGGGACAUGGAGACUUUUUCUUUUGCCUUAUGGUCUUGUGCUCUGUGAGGAGGUUUGUAAGUUGUGGACUUACCUUAAAAAAAACAAAAACAGAGUAAAGAAAGAUGGCAAAGCAUCAAACUGAUGGUAUGCACAAUAUGGUUUUAGUGGUAUUUUAAAGUCUUCGUGCACCCUGAUGAGAGAGAACAAAUUUCAACCUGAGAGCGUAUUUUUUUAAAUGCUGGCUUUCGGAACAGUGUAUUCAAACUAAGAGACAUUCCAAUAAGUUUUGUUUAUUAAAAAAAGAAAAAAAAGUUGUAUGGCUGUUUGGCACUUUAUGCUGAUUAUUGGUAAUUGACAUUUAUCACUGGAUUGUGUGUGGUUUUUUAAGUAUUAAAAUAAAUCGUUAUUUUACAGGCAA